AUGUCGGGAAGGAUCAUUGGUGGGUCAGAAGCUAAGCCCCACUCUCGGCCCUACAUGGCUUAUUUAUCCAUUAGAAAUGUUUCACAUGAAGGUACAUGUGGAGGAUUCCUGAUUCGCCCAGAUGCGGUGCUCUCAGCUGCUCACUGUGUGAAUGGGACACAUCAGUCCUAUGUCAGCGAGGGGAAAGUGGCUAUCAUUGUGAUUCUGGGAGCCCACAACGUAUAUAAGGAGCUGAGCUGGCAAGUGUUCCACAUUAAACACUGGGUCAUCCAUCCCAAUUACUCAAGAGAUAUUGAUGAAAAUUACAUCAUGCUGCUGAAGCUGAACCUAAAGGCCAAAAAGACUAAGGAAGUCUCUCCUAUCGACUUGCCCAGUCACAACGAGCAGGUGAAACCAGAAACUACAUGCGAAGUGGCUGGCUGGGGCGACACAUCAAUACCAAGUAAAAUGCCUAGUGUGCUGAUGAAGGCGGACCUGAAAGUGCAGCGUGGUGAAGUGUGUAAGGCUUCUUUCAAUAAUGACUAUCUGGAACAGUCUAUGAUCUGUGUUGGUGAUGAGGAUGGCAACAAAGCAUCUUUCAAAGGUGAUUCUGGUGGCCCAUUAGUCUGCAAUGGAAAGGCUCACGGCAUUGUUUCUUAUGGACCCAAAUAUUGCAUCUUCCCUGAAGUAUUUACCAGAGUCUCCUAUUUUGAACCCUGGAUACGUCAAGAGCUGAGGAAGUUUGCUCUCCAAGUCCUACCUGACUCACCCUCCUCUGACUAA